GCCUCGGGCCUGCUGAGUUUGUUAUUGCCCGAAACCCUGAACGCCCCGUUGCUAGAGACCGUUUCCGACCUCCAGGUGUACUCCUACCGGAGUCUGGGGGACGAAGCUCUGUCUUUGCAGACCCUGGACGUCCCACAGGUGGCACGCCUCCAUUUAAUCGUGUAGCAGGAUCAAGCGGUACGUGUCUGAAUGUGAAAGAAGAGGGUGCAGAACACGUGGCCCGCUGCCCACAGCUGGAGUGUGAUCUGACCAGCAGCUUUCCUUCUCCACGCUAGUCCUUUUUUUAUUUUUCUGACAAUUUUAUUAAAUGUAUUAGGGUAACAUUGGUUAAUGAAUAAGAUUAUAUAGAUUUCAAGGGUAUACUCCUGUCAUACGUCAUCUGUAGAUUGUAUUGUGUGUUCAUCACCCAAAGUCAAGUCACCAUAUAGUUGACCCCCUUUUCCGCCCUCCACCCCCCUUUCCCUCUGGUCACUACCAUACUGUUGUCUGUGUCUGUGAGUUUUUUGUUUGUCUUGUUUGUUCGUUUGUUGCUUUCUGUUUUAUAUCCCACAUAGGAGUAAAAACACAUGGCUCUCAACUUUUUCCAUCGGACUUAUUUUCUUAGCAUGAGAUUCUCAAGUUUCCUCUGAUUGGAUACUAUAACCGAGGGAGAAGAGGAGGAUGAAGAUCAUCCGCUUUUACAGGAAGAAGGGUGGCCGAAAACUGAGCUCCUGGAGGCUACAGCAUUGCUUGGUCCUGGCCUCAUCCCUCCAGUCUCUGCUUCUGUGGUCGCUUAGCCUUCUACUCACUCUGGUUUCCUGCCUCCCCCUGUAAGGAAGGGCCCACCGAGAUAACUCAGGCCUCUCUCUCCACUUGAAGAUCUGUACCUUUUGCCAUAAAAGGACUUUGUCGUAGCCUUCCUCUGACCUGGGCUUGAAAUAUCCGGUUUCAUUCAUGAUGCUAGAGUGCAAAUGAAGACAGUAAAAGUAUCCUACCAUCCUGCAAAUCAGACUUGUUUCUGUCCUCACUCCAUUAUUCCAUGACCCCAUGGAGUUUUAGAUCCUGAGGCAAAGACUUGGUAGCAAGAAAAAGGCUCUUCGCUGGCCCUGCUGUGGUUUUCGCUGCUCACAUCUGGCAAGUGCCGCUGGCCCUGGCGCCAGAGAAGAUCCUCUGUGACCAGCUGCAGCCUGGAGCAAUCUCGAUAACAGAUGGAUGCUCCCUGUUUGGAAAUAGGAGCUUAAGUGAAGAAUCGAGAAGGCCAGUCUCUGGUCCACGCACACGUCCCCAGAGAAUCUAGCAGAGAGGCUGACGCUGUUGGGAGGAGCCGCUCACAGCGCUGUCCUCCCCUCAAGCAACAGGAUGGAGCCUCCACUCGGGACUCAGCAGGGAGCCAUGCAACCCCUGGUCGCGGACGACUUCGAAGCCUGCCUGCUGGAUAAGGUGAGGACGGGCGCCCAGCGGGUGUCCCAGAUGGUGGAGGAGGUGCAGAAGGUCAUCUACCACCUGACCACAGAAAUCAGCAACCAGGACAUCCGCUUCCAAGCCAUCCCGUACUCCCUGAUGUACAACGGGAACAUCACGGUGUUGUCCCCUAGCCAGUUCCUCGUCACAGUCCCAGUGAGAGGCCUUUCCGGGUACCGGGAGGCCAGGGAGCAGCGCUGGCGGUACUACACGCUGCAGGGCGCCAGGCUCACCUGCCCCAGCGGAGCCCCGAGGGCCCUGCAGCAGUGGCUGGAGGUGCAGCAGUUCAUGGAGAACCUGUGGCAGUGGCUCAAGGCAGACGUGAGCAUUCAGGCGACAUGUGCCUCCCAAGUGGCUCAAGGUUUCCGGAAAUGACCCAUUCGAACCUGUCACUUCAGUGGAAAGGUCAGCGUGCUCACCACCGGCAUCACAGUCCAUGUUGCCAUGGAAACAUCCGUAGGGCAGGUGGAGAUCGAGCUGGCCCCGGAAGUGGAGAUCCCCACCGCCUGGUCCAAGAGAGCCCCGUGGCCUCGGUGUCUGUCGCGCUGGCCCUCCUCCGACAGGGCGAAGUGCGUCAAGUCCUUUGGGUUCUCCCUGUUGGCCCGUUGGCAUUAUCACUGGCAGCUGAGCUUCCUGCAGGCCGAGCGGGUGCUGCUGGAGCACCUGGACGAGGACGGGGGCUGCCGCCGGCGGUGCUUCCAGGCCCUGCGGCAGAUGAAGGAGGACGUCUGGUGUCCAGGGCGGAGGCCUGUGAUCACGUCCCACCACCUGCAGACAGUGCUCUUCUGGACUUGCGAGAAGUAUCCCCACGCCAAGGACUGGCGGGUCUUCAGCAAAGGGCUCCUGCGCCUGGCGAGGAAGCUGCACAAGUGCGUACGCCAGCGCUUCCUGAAGCACUUCUUCGUGCGCAGCGGCAACCUCCUCCAGCACGCCGCCUCCACCGAGCUGGACGCCGUGGCCCAGAAGCUGGCCCUCUUCCUGAAGGACCCCGGGUCCUCCUGCGGGCUCCUGACCUUCUGCUCCGGCUCCAGCUCUGUGGGUGGGUGCAGGCAGGUGCCAGGUUCCUGCUCAGGAGAACAGCACCGGGUGGCAAAGGGAAUCAUGCCGACCAGUAGCACCUCAGAGGCCUGACCAGGCCUCCCUGGGCCACGCAAGCCCUGGCCCUCGCCAUCGCUAGCUACCUCUCUCGGGGACAGCUCUCAUCCAGCCACACGUUGCAAACUGAUGACAGUUCUGAGUCUGUUUCCCUUGCUCAGCUGCGGAUGGUCCGACGGGGAGGAUGGAGACAGAGCCCCUGGAAGCCAGGCAUCAGCCUGCUGCCCAGCCCCGGUCCCCCAGCCCGCCGACCACGGGUUCAUUGUUUCCAUUUGGGAAAUGGGACUGUGACUGCGCCUCCCUGAGGGCGGGGCCCAGAGCCCGCGCUGUGCGGUGCCCUUCGAGGAGAAGGCAUCGGAUCAGCACUCCGUGCUGCUGUUGGUUUAUGGCCGGCGUUCGCAUCCCGGAUGAGUACCUGACCGCUGAUUAAAUGAUUGCGUCUGUUGCA